UUCCAGCAGGGGUGGGGCUGGCUCCUGCUGCUGUGCCUCUCUUUCCUCCUCCCCUCCCAUCUUUCUGAUGUGAGGUAUAAAAUAAACAGACGCUGGAGCCAGCCAAAGUGCCAUGGAGAUGAUGAUGAAGAAGAAGAAGACCCGGUGCACCUUCCUCCUCGUGGGUCUCUUUGCCUUCUGGGCCGGGGUGCCACCUGCCUCAGCUCAGAGAGGUUCAACAUCAUCAUCUGAGGAACGCACACCACCACCUAGUGUGCGUCCGCCGACACCCCCUGCUUCAUCAUCAUCUGAGGAACGCACACCACCACCUAGUGUGCCUCUGCCCACACCCCCUGCCAUGAAAUGCCCCACCUACUUGAGGGGCCGACAGCGGGACUGUGGUGCUAAAUGCGCAUCACAUAGCAACUGCCCAGGAGAGGAGAUGUGUUGCAAAUCUGGCUGCGAGCAGAAGUGCACGCUGCCCGUCAACGUGAAUCCCGGCUACUGCCCCAGCUCCAAACCCGCUCCCCCUGAAAGUUGUGACAUCAAGUGUGCGAAUGACAAUGAGUGUGGCAAGGGGAAGAAAUGCUGCCGGUGGGGCUGUUACGCUAAAUGCGUUGAUGCAGUGCCAGAAAACCCUGGGGUGUGCCCCAAGAUAGUUCCCCAGAGACGUUUCUCCUCUUGCCCUAACAAAUGCGACGACGACCAGAUAUGUAACCGCACACAGAAAUGCUGCUUCACAGGAUGCGGCCGCGAGUGUGUCGACCUUGAGAAAGGUCUCUGUGACCUCCGCAGGGAUCCUGGCUCCUGCGAUUUGUCCUUGGACUAUUAUUACUUCAAUCCCCACACCAAGAAGUGCAGGAGGUUCAAGUACCGCGGCUGCAAAGGGAACUCCAAUCGCUUCUACACCAUGAAGGAUUGCAGGGACGUCUGUGGGGAAGUUGAUAUCUGCAGCCUCCCCAAGGACCCAGGUCGGUGCGAAAGCUACCAGCCCAUGUUCUACUACUCACCGAGCAAGAGGACUUGUCAGGUGUUCAUUUAUGGCGGCUGCGAAGGAAACGGCAACCGCUUCUCCACUCGGGAGGAGUGUCUUUGGACCUGCAGGAACCCAGAUAUCUGCAAGCUCCCAAAGGACAGCGGCAGCUGCAAUAGCCACAAGCUCAGCUACUACUACAACUACGCCAACAAAACCUGCGAGCGCUUCACCUACCACGGCUGCGACGGCAACGAGAACCGGUUCCGGACGCUGGAGCAAUGCCGGAGCACCUGCCUGUACCCUGAGAUCUGCAAGCUCCCGGCAGACCCCGGUCCUUGUGAUGCCUACUUCCCCAUGUUCUACUAUAACCACCGCAGUCAAUCCUGCCUUCCUUUCACUUACGGAGGCUGCAGGGGAAACCUCAACAGGUUCGAGACUCUGGAGGGAUGCAAGCAGCACUGCCGGAACCCGGAUAUCUGCGUGCUGCCCCAGGAUUCGGGUCCAUGUCUCGAUUACUCCCGCAUGUACUACUACUCUCCGUCGAAGGAGACCUGCUUGCCCUUUCCCUAUGGAGGCUGCCAGGGCAACGCCAACCGGUUUGCUACCAUGGAGGAAUGCCUGGACACCUGCGGGAGCAAAGAUCUCUGCCACCUCCCUGUGGAUUCUGGCCCCUGCUUGGCCCUCUUCCCCAAAUACUAUUACAACCCACAAAACAAGACUUGCGAGAUUUUUUAUUACGGAGGCUGCGGAGGGAACGACAACCAGUUUGAGACCCAGAUGGAAUGCAUUUGGAGGUGCCGCAAUCCAGAUAUCUGCAAGCUGCCCAAGGAGACAGGCCCCUGCAAGGCAGCCAUGCCCAGGUACUAUUACAACCCCACCACUAAAACGUGCGAAGUGUUCAUUUACGGAGGCUGCGAGGGCAACGAGAACCGGUUUGAAUCUCUCUCGGAAUGUGAGCAUGCCUGCAAGAAGCCAGAUAUCUGCCGGCUGCCCAGCAAUCCCGGAAAGGGGGACCACUCGAUCCACCUGUUUUACUACAGCCACCUCGGAGCAGGCUGCUACCCGUUCACCUACAAAGGCCACGAGGGCAACCCCAACAGGUUUGCGACGCUGGUGGAAUGCGAGGAGAUCUGCAGAGACCCAGAUAUCUGCCAACUUCCCCAGAAGGCGGGUUCCUGUAAAAACUACACCAAAAGGUUCUACUUCAAUUCCACCAACAGAGAGUGCACCCCUUUCGACUACGGCAACUGCAGGGGGAACCUGAAUAACUUUCCCACCAAAGAGGAAUGCCAGCUGGCCUGCAAGGGCCCAGAGAAGCCUGGCUUCUGUCCCCCUCCGGACCCUGCCGAUUGCCUGGUGACCUGCCAGAAGGACUGUGACUGCCCAGGGGUCAAGAAGUGUUGUGGCAACCAGUGCGGUCAAGUGUGCAAGGAGCCCGUGAAAGGACAUUUGGGGCAGAGGCAAAAUUCCUUCGCUUCGCUUCUGGGUGACCUGACAAGCUGGGCUGGUGGAAAUGGCCUUCCCUCCGCACCAAAGGCCAUGGAGCACUCCUGCAAAACUUACCAUGGGAAGCAGCUGCCUUAUACAGAGUCAGACCUUUGGACUGUCUAGGUCUGCCAACACUGACUGGCAGCGACUUCCCAAUGGGGACUGGACCCACGGCCCUCGCCUCUUUAGCAACUGGCUGCCUGGACUCUCUCCUGCCUCCUUCACCUCCAGCUGCAGGUGGUGUUUCUGGUGCCUGUCAAGACUCCGCGGCAGAGCCAGGGUCAUCCCACCCGUCUCCAGGCGCUGCCAAGCUCAGCACAAAAGCCUCUGCCUCUUAAGUGGUGGGUCAAAAUCAGUGCAGGCAGACCCACCCAGGUGCCACCUGCUGCAGGCUUGUGCCUUGCCCCUGUUACACUAAAGUAACGGGUGCUCUGCCUGCCUGGAGGGGGGAAGUGGACCGGCCAGCCCACUUGCUCCUUCUGUGCAUCUAUAUUUAUCUGUGAUAGCUGGGCUCGCAGACACCAAGGAAUGCCCUCCGGCUGUGCCAGCUGCAUGAAAUGUGAAUCUGACUGUAGCAAGGCCUCUCCCAGCAGGAAGCCCACCCACCCACCCCUAGUGCAAGCCAGGCCCCUCACCGCAACACAUGCACCCUGGGCAGUCGAUGGCUUCCUCCGCGGAUGCAGCCAGGAGGGCAGGAGAGGGACUGGGGUGAGUCUGCACAGGUGCCUCUCGGUGCAUUUUGAGCAAGAGGAGGAAGGAAGCCAUAGAAUCAUGGACUUGCAGAGUUGGAAGGGACCCAAAAAGGUUGUGUAAUCUCAGGAGCCAACUUCUAGGGCAGGGUUCAGCAACCUUUUUCAGCAGGGAACUGGCCCACUGUCCUUCAGACCUUGGGGGGGGGGACUAUAUUUUGAAGGGAAAAAAUGAACAGAUUCCUGUUGCCCCACAAAUAACCCAGCAAUGCAUUUUAAAUAAAAGCACACAUUCUACUCAUGUAAAAACACGCUGAUUCCCAGACUGUCCAUGGGCCAGAUUGAGAAGGCAAUUGGGCCGGAUCCGGCCCCCGGGCCUUAGUUUGCCUACCCAUGUUCUAGGGCAGGGGUCAGCAAGAUUUAACUUCCCUGGGCCGGUUCACUCUCACAGAGAUCGCUCCAUGGGCCGGAUCGCAUCUGCACAGAUGUGAUUUCCGGCAUCUGCGCAUGCGCAGACACAAUUUCCAGCACCGCGGAAGUGAGUCCCUGCUCUGCGCUGUGCCAGUUUAGCACAGCACAUGGGCACGCACCAAGCAGGCAGCUUGGUUCGGGGGUGGCUGGUGGGCCGUUUAAACGACCCCCAUGGGCCACUUGUGGCCCAUGGGCUGCAGGUUGCUGACCCCUGUUUUAGGGGCUGAGGUCCCUUUGGUGUUGGGUGGCGCCGGCAUGCCCUUCGCCACUGGGUACCCCUGCUGCUUAUUCCUAAAAAAAUUCCCACGAUUGCUAAUGUCCAAUUUGUCCCUAGGCUAAAACCCACACAAUCACUGCAGUCUCGUUAUUAUUUUUCACCACUUUAUUUUGGGUAAUAAACAAUUCAUUUUUAAAAACAAACAAACAAAACAUUAAGAUUGAUGUUUCGUCGCCUCUUUUCCUAGAUCUUGCCCAAUUGUUAUUAGUAAGAAUGUUCAGUGAGUGAUUAGUUGUGGGCUGUUGUUUGUAAACGAAACAUGUUUAAUGCUAUCAAUUAGCUGGCUGCCAGUCAGCUACUGGGCUAAGUUAAAGGUGUUGGUUUUGCGGCAUAAAGCCCAAGCAUCUUGGGAUAUAGCCCUCGCCUCCUCUUCGAAUUUGUCCAAUCCUCUUCAAAAGCUUUCCCGCUUGGUGGCCACCACUGCCUCCUGUGGCAGGGAGUUCCAUAGUUUAACGCUGCCCUGCAUGAAGAAGGGCUUUCGUUUCUCUCUCUGGAAUCUUCCAAUGUUCGGCUUCAUUGGGUGUCCUUUUUCAGGUGCUACUUAAUCUCUGCACCACAUUUCUAAGAACUCGGAUCGCCUAGUGUGGCAGCACCGACACUUUGGAACUCCCUGCAUCUUGAUUAUCAGGCAGGCAUCUUCGCGGUAUUCUUUUCAGCACCUGCUGAAGACAUUUAGACAAGCCUACCCAGGUGUUCAGAAAGUUUGCACGAGUUGUAUUUUGUUGCUGGUCCAUUCUUUUGUGUUUUUAACUUUUCGUAUGUUCUAAAUUAUAAAUGUAAAUUUACUACCGAUGAUUUUAUUAUUUGACCUUUUUUUUGUUUGAGGUUUUUUCUACAAUCAAGUGGUGCAUAAAUUUCAUGAAAUAAAUAAACAAAUACUGUCUACAA